AGGCGGCUGAAUUUUCCGCCUACGUCUGUCCCUCCGUGUCUCAAAGCAAACCCUAGAAUUAAAGGAAAAAAAAAGGCCCAAUCCUUCUCCUCCCCGGCCUGAAUUCAGUCGUCUCUCUAUGGGGUAAGAAGUAACAAACGAUAUUACUUACAAUUAUGAAUAAAGUCCAGUCAAGAUUCGCCCGUCCAAAGGGGAUGGAUCAUGAGUCAAGCUCUAACUUAUAUGUUGCCAAUUGUGGGCCAGCUGUGGGCAUAUCUUUUGAUAAUAUUGAAUCAGUUUUUGGCACCUUUGGGAAGGUUAUAGGAAUCUAUGCUGCUGAUGAAACUGGUACUCGUGUGAUUGUUUGCUUUCAUGAAGUAAGUGCUGCUCAAGCUGCCUUUAAAGCUUUAAAUGGCUCGUCUUGCUCCGAUCUUGGUGGGCGAACCCUGCAUAUACGUUAUUCAAUAUCGCAGCCACCUCAGAAGGUUUUGGGCGAUGAUUCACUUCCAGUAUCUUUAUUGGCAUCAGAGCUGGCAAUUCCAGGAAUUUAUCUGGAGCAUGAAUUCAUCACUCUUAAGGAGGAGCAGGAACUUCUUGCAGAAGUGGAUACUAGGCCAUGGAAAAGACUGUCAAAACGCAGAGUUCAGCAUUAUGGUUAUGAGUUUUUAUAUGCAACCAAAAAUGUUGAUUCGAAGCAGUUUCUAGGUGAACUUCCAUCCUUUGUUUCUCACAUAGUCAAGAAGAUCAUGUUAUUUCCUGGCCUUGAUGACGAUAGAAGUAAACAAGUGGAUCAACUGACGGUUAAUGAAUAUCCUUCUGGCGUGGGUUUAUCUCCACAUAUAGACACUCAUUCAGCAUUUGAUGAAUUGAUCUUCAGUCUUUCAUUGGCGGGUCCAUGCAUUAUGGAAUUCAGGAGAUAUCCUCAAGGCACUUGGCAUGCUCCAGCUGCCGCUAUUGGGAAUAACCCUCAACAAUUCUCAAAUUUUACAAGGAAAGCUAUUUUCCUUCCUCCUCGAUCCAUGCUUUUGAUGUCUGGAGAAGGGCGAUAUGCUUGGCAUCACUAUAUUCCACAUCAUAAGGUUGAUACAGUUGGGGGACAUGUUAUCAAAAGAAGCUCGAGGAGGGUUUCUUUUACUUUUCGCAAGGUGAGGAAAGGGCCUUGCUGCUGUGAAUAUAGGCAAUAUUGUGAUUCUCAGAAAAGUUAAAAUGCAGUUUGAGCAAUGUUAGCUACUGAAAACAUUAAGCAACACUGAUCCGGUCAUGUCAUCACUUCUAACAGGUGACAAGCAGUUUGCUGACAGAUACUGAUGUGUAGCACUGACAAAGUCAGUUGAUGUUGCUUUGAAUAGGCGGCAGAAACUGAUGUGUAGCAGUUGAUAGAAACUCAUGUCAUCACUUCUAGCAGGUGACAAGUUAUUUAGGCUAAAUCUCACCAAAAGUUAGGAGUCCCAGAAUAGAAGUCAAUUUUGUGGAUACAUGUCGCGGCUAAUUUGACAAUAUUGCUUUUGGUAGCAUGAGAGUUUUUGUCAAUUUGUGGUUAAGUUAGUCAUAAUCUUGGUGAGAGAUGCAAGAUCAGAACAAACCAAUAUGCUGAAUUAUUGCAGCAUUUUGAUAGACGGCUUAUUUUUCUGCACUCCUGAUUCUGGUCGUUGGGUACAUGCCCGAACAAAGCCUGCAUCAUCAUCAAAUCUUACUUUGUUUAUGGUGCCAUGGAGAACAAAUUCGUAAUUGCAAUUAGUUAUAUUUCUUGAAGUCCUGCAGUACUUCUACAGAGUAUUGUAUUAGAU